AUGUCUGGCAGAAACCUCCCCAAGUUCACCACGGCUGAGAUCGAGUCUCAUAACAAUGCCAAGUCGUGCUAUGUGACCCUGGGGUCCAAGGUAUAUGACGUUACCGAUUUUGUCGACGGCCAUCCCGGUGGUGAAGAAUUGGUUCUCGAGUAUGCUGGCAAAGACGUGGCGGAAAUACUGCGCGACCCGGCCUCCCAUGUCCAUUCCGACUCGGCAUACGAAAUACUGGAAGAGUGUCAUAUCGGUUUCGUUGCCUCGGAGUCAAAUGGCAAGGCCGUGAAUGGAGGUCUUUCUCAAACAAAAGAACAACCGUUAUAUGCCACGACCGGCUUGUCCUGCGAAGAGGACCUUUCUGUCGACACCGACUACACCAAGGACUACCAGACGCACAAGUUUUUGGAUUUAAACAAGCCCCUUCUUAUGCAACUUUGGAACAGUGGGUUUACCAAGGAGUUCUACCUGGAUCAAAUCCAUCGCCCGCGUCAUUACAAGGGAGGGGAGUCCGCGCCACUUUUCGGAAACUUUCUUGAGCCUUUAAGUAAGACGGCUUGGUAUGUGGUUCCUAUAAUGUGGCUUCCUCCUAUCACAUACGGGACCAUCCUUGGAUUUUCAGGCCUGGCGAAUGUGCCGGCUGCGUCUGCUUAUUGGGUCGGUGGUCUUUUCCUCUGGACCUUAAUCGAAUACCUCAUGCAUAGGUUCCUAUUCCACAUUGACCGAUACCUUCCUGAUAACCGAGUUGGUCUCACUCUCCACUUCCUGCUCCAUGGAAUCCACCACUAUCUGCCUAUGGACAAGUAUCGGUUGGUCAUGCCACCGACUUUGUUCAUCGUCCUGGCCACCCCGUUCUGGAAGCUGGCCCACACCGUGUUCUUCUACAACUGGUAUGCCGCUCUGACGGUAUUCUGUGGUGGUGUCUUUGGUUAUGUCUGUUAUGACAUGACUCAUUACUUCCUCCACCACCGGAACCUUCCCGCCUACUACAAGGCACUUAAGAAAUACCACCUUCAGCAUCACUUUGCGGACUUUGACAACGGAUUCGGUGUCACUAGCCGCUUCUGGGAUCGAGUGUUCGGCACCGAGCUUGAGACACCGUCGCCCAAGGAUGUGAAGACCCAGUGA